GCGUAAUGUGUGCAUACAAUCAGCUUAAGCAAAUUUUAAGCUGAGCCAUAGUUGCUCCACUUGUUCUCCUGUUAAAACGUUGGAAAUUUUGGUUUGAGUUCGACGCCUGUUUUGCACCAUGAGUGAUACCCACAGAUUUCAUGUUGCGGACUUCGUAAUAUUCAGUGUUACAAUUCUUAUAUCCAUCGGUAUUGGUAUAUACUAUGCGCUUAGCGGUGACAGACAAAGAACGACGUCGGAGUACCUGGUCGGAGGGCGUAAGAUGAGUUUUAUGCCGGUAGCCAUUUCGCUACUGGUGUCUUUCGAGUCCUCGAUAAUGAUGUUAGGAGUUCCUGCCGAGGUUUACGUUUAUGGAGUGCAAUGGAUUAUGGCAAACCUUGGAUUUUUUACUGCUAAUUGGAUUAGCAUGUGUCUGAUAGUACCAUUAAUUCACCCCUUAAAAAUCACAAGCAUUUAUGAGUAUCUAGAACUCCGUUUUAAAAGUAAAAUUGUACGAAUGUUUGGUACCAUUUUAGGCGUGCUGACAACGCUAUGGUAUAUGGGUAUUGUAUUAUUUGGUCCCGGGAUAGCUUUAGAAGCAGUAACCGGGUUUCCCAAAGGUGCCUCUAUUGCCCUGAUAGCUUUUGCGGCGGCAAUUUAUACAUCAAUCGGCGGUUUAAAAGCUGUUGUUUGGACGGAUGUUUUUCAAGCUAUAGUUAUGUUUAGUGGCUGCUUUGCUAUUUUGAUAAAGGGAACGAUGUACUCUGGUGGACCAAAAGCUGUUUGGGAUACAGCCGAAGAAGGAGCGAGAAUGAAUUUCUUUGUAUUUGAUCUAGAUCCCACAAUUAGACAUACAUUCUGGGGUUUAUAUUUUGGAAGUCUUGUCCGUGGACUCGGAUUCGCAUUUAACCAAUCCACCUGCCAGAGAAUAUCUUCAACACCAACCCUUAAAGACGCCUACAAAAUGUUAUUAAUUACGACGCCCAGUCAUUUCAUUGCUCUGUCUCUGGCGGCAUAUGAAGGUGUUGUGGCUUAUUCCUAUUAUACAACGCUGAGAUGCGAUCCAUUAGAAUCCGACCAGAUAUCCGACCCUAACCAGAUCAUUCCAUUUAUGGUAAUGGACAUGUUCCGAGAGUUACCAGGCAUGCCGGGACUCUUUUUAGCAUCCCUGUUUAGUGCUUCUCUAAGCACUCUAUCAACAGGAUUAAGCAGUUUGUCGGCUAUCAUUCUGGAAGAUAUAGUAAAAGAGAUACCAAAAUUUAGUGCCUUGUCUGAAAUCAAAUAUACUGUUAUCGCAAAAAUUUCAGUUAUUGUAUCAGCCGUAGUUGCUUGUGGUGUGGCCUAUAUGAUAGCACAGGUUGGUGGGACAAUGACACAGAUAGCCGGUACACUUAUAUCAGCGUUUUCUGGACCUCUUACUGGCUUGUUUUUACUGGGGGCUCUGUUCCCUUGGGGUAACGUCAAGGGUGCUAUGGUGGGGACACUGUUGAGUGUCAUAUUAUGUACAUGGCUGGGAAUCGGUUCCAGCUUCUCCAAGACACUUCGAAAGGAACCAUGGUUACCUGCGGCACCAACUGACCAAUGUUUAAUAGAUAACUCGACAUGGGCUAUCAACAUGACUAUCAGUAACCUCACAUCACGUGGUGAAGACAUGUACACUACAACUACCAUUGAAGAUGUCACUCAAAGCAUUGAACCACAGGGUUUAGAUAAAAUGUAUUCCUUGUCCUAUACAUGGUUUGGUGCUAUUGGUGUUAUAACGGCCAUGGUGGUCGGUUCAACAUUAAGUCUUUUAACUGGUCCUAUGGCACAUAAAGAUUUAGAUACACGUUAUAUACUACCUUUUGUACCCAAACUAACGGGUUGCUUACCUGAUGUCAUCAGACAUUACCUUCGUUGUGAUUUAGAUUUUACUAAAACAAAGGUUGAAAAGUCAGAGAAAUCUGUGGUUGGACUGGAACUUAAUAUUGAGAAACCACUGAAACCGGAAGAAAUGGUGCUGUUGAAUGGCGACGAUGAAGCUAGAAAUCACCAUGCAUAGAUAUUUUUGGUUAUAUUAUUUUUUAUACAGUGGACCUAGAUCAAAUCGUUUCUUGGUAUAAUGUGCAGGAAAUGAUAUUGUACUGUCAGUGAUUAGCUAUUAAAAUAGUUUCUAGUGUA